AUCUAGAAAAAAUGGCAGCCCCCGUCGGAUUAACGUGAGACGUACGCGUGUACAUAUGAUAACGAAAGAUUACCAGGUUAUACUAACAGUGAAGCUUCGAGUGUUGAAGAUGGAUAAAAUCCUUAGUGUUGGACAGUUAGUUGAUCUGAAAUGGAAAGUGGGUGUGGCAAUGAGCUCAGAUACCUGUCGUAGUUUGAACAGCUCAUAUGUUGCUAUGGCAAUCAAGGUUGCAGACCCAUCAGGAAAGGUCACAAAUCAUAAUUUCGAGAUGACAGUUCAACAAUUCCAGAAUUUUUCCAAACAGUUGAAGGAUAUUGCUAGCGCAUUGGAGACAGUAUGAUGGUAUUGACCGAGACUGGUGGUCAUUAGAAUGUAGAACUUUACCGGUCAGUUCUUCAGAGGUCAGUGUUAGUGCUGUCCAGUGUUACAUAACUUAUGGAACUGAAAGAUCUGUAAAGAUUAUUGGACUUUUAUAAAGAAAAAUAUGACAACAUUGACAUGAGGAAGCUGGAAGUUAAUAAAGAUCUAUUCAAGACUUUGUCAUCCAUGAAGGGAGUGAAAAUGUCAGCCAGGAAGAUGUUUGGUGUGAUGUCGGCAGACUUGACAGAGAUGAAAGUAAAUGUUGAUCAGUUGAAUUAUCUGUUAUUCGUUCUAUGGAAGACUUUUUCGUUUUAAUACUGUGGAACAUUAUAUAAGAUAUAAACUGAAAAGGAGAAAAAAUGUCAACACAGAUAACAAACUUGAUAAAAAAAAAUUAAAACUGAAGAUAUUUAAUUGAAGAAAGCCCAAUAUAACAGCAUUAUAGAGAGAGUUUGGUCUAUAGCGGAAAAGGAUUGCAUUCAGCUUUUGGAAAAUAAUUGAAAAUAAAAUGUACAGGAGAAUGCCGUCUGUAAUUUUUGUAACUUAUUCUGAGCAUGUUUACGUUAUACGGCAGUUAUUUAUCAAGGUCAUUCAUAAUAUUAAAUUGGAUAUUUCAACAAGUGUGAUAGUUCACCAGUUGAUGAGGAUGAAAAGGUUUUGCCAUCUGCAUGAAUUUGUUUGACUUUGUUAAAAAUAUAGUACUUUGUGACUUUUGUAGAAGUUUCAGAUAAAGGAACACCAGCCGUUACAAAGGCUGUAGUGUAUUUCUAAACUCAAACCAUUGAUGGAUUGAAAGAAAUUUUCUUUCUUGGAUUUUAACACUUAUGAACUGUGUGUGUCACAAAGUACAAUAUUUGUUUAUUUAUUUGUUACAGUUUGUUUGUAUUGUAUAAUUUAUAUAAAACACGAUGCAUAUCUUUUGGGGACAGCUUCUAUUUAUUUUACUCGGUCAUAUUAUACACUUUGAUAGUUGUUAGUACUUUAGAUAUUGUAUGAUUUUAUCACUAAGUUUAUAUAAUCUAAUCUGAAGAGCAGUGUUUUUGUACUGUUUAUAUAUAUGGGAAAGAAAUCUCAAAAAAUAUAUUCUCUCUUACAAUUCACAGAGUAGGCCUUGUAUGUAUUUCUUUAUUAUGUGUCGAUAGACCAGCUAUAUGUAUAUAUAAGGUUGGUUUAUAGCAGCUUAUCAUUAAAUAAAGAAAUGUCAUAUUAUGUUGAAAUGUAAAGCUUUCUCUCAGGGUAUGAAAUUGAGAGGAAAAUUCUAAAUUCUAUACAAAUUCCCUCUGUUUCAUCAAGUAUAUCUAUUAGAUUGGUGAUACAUAUGUAUUAGGUUAAUAUGUGAUCAAUAUCACAGCUUUUGUAGAGAAUACAAUGUAAAAUAAUUUACCUGGUAGUAUGGAAAUCUUAUUCACUUAAUUUGAGAAAAUGAUUACGACUGAUUAUACAAUUACAUAGUUUAUUAGAUAUUAAAUAUUAAUAUCUGGUGGAAUUUUACAAAAUGAAGUAUCAUUGUUAACUAUUUUUGUUGUGGUGUCUAUUCUGGAAAGAUUUAAUCAUUCAAUAUUAAAAUCUACAGAUUACUUCAAGUUGCUGGAAUCAUAUUCUGAUAAAAGUCCUUUUUUCACAACAUACCGGUAGAAGAGAAGUAUUGGUGUGCAGAUUGAAAUAUGUUGGAUAAUAACAUCGAAUGUAAUGGGUACAUUUAAGAUGAAACAAAUAUAUUAUUUGUUCCAAUAUCUCCAUGUUAAAUUGUAUAGUAACUAUUUGCUUUGUAUUGUUUUUGUAAUGUUUUUUUUAGUUAAUUUUAUGCAGUUCUUAUUGUUUCUAUUAUGCCUUGAUGUUUGUUUCACUAAGGUCUCAACAUCAUUAGCAAUGACUUUUUGAUUUUUUCAAUAAAAUUAUAGCAUAUUUA